AUGCGUGGAUGGCUGCGUAAAGUUUGUUUUGAUUCAUCCCCUUCGGGUCCUGAUUGCUCCAGCUGCCUCACCUCAACAAUCAAAGCCCUCCUGGUCUCCUCUGCAAAUGACCACACUGGGGCCUCACACUGGGGCCUCACUCAGACCACACUGGGGCCUCACACUGGGGCCUCACUCAGACCACACUGGGCCUCACUCAGACCACACUGGGGCCUCACUCAGACCACACUGGGGCCUCACUCAGACCACACUGGGGCCUCACUCAGACCACACUGGGGCCUCACUCAGACCACACAGGGGCCUCACUCAGACCAAACUGGGGCCUCACACUUGGGCCUCACUCAGACCACACUGGGCCUCACUGGGGCCUCACACUGGGCCUCACUCAGACCACACUGGGGCCUCACUCAGACCACACUGGGCCUCACUGGGGCUCCUCAGACCACACUGGGGCCUCACUUCACUCAGACCACACUGGGCCUCACUCAGACCACACUGGGCCUCACUCAGACCACACUGGGCCUCACUCAGACCACACUGGGCCUCACUCAGACCACACUGGGGCCUCACUCAGACCACACUGGGGCCUCACUCAGACCACACUGGGGCCUCACUCAGACCACACUGGGGCCUCACUCAGACCACACUGGGGCCUCACUCAGACCACACUGGGGCCUCACUCAGACCACACUGGGGCCUCACUCAGACCACACUGGGGCCUCACUCAGACCACACUGGGGCCUCACUCAGACCACACUGGGGCCUCACUCAGACCACACUGGGGCCUCACUCAGACCACACUGGGCCUCACUCAGACCACACUGGGGCCUCACUCAGACCACACUGGGGCCUCACUCAGACCACACUGGGGCCUCACUCAGACCACACUGGGGCCUCACUCAGACCACACUGGGGCCUCACUCAGACCACACUGGGGCCUCACUCAGACCACACUGGGGCCUCACUCAGACCACACUGGGGCCUCACUCAGACCACACUGGGGCCUCACUCAGACCACACUGGGCCACUCACACUGGGGCCUCACUCAGACCACACUGGGGCCUCACUCAGACCACACACUGGGCCUCACUCAGACCACACUGGGGCCUCACUCAGACCACACUGGGGCCUCACUCAGACCACACUGGGGCCUCACUCAGACCACACUGGGCCUCACUCAGACCACACUGGGGCCUCACUCAGACCACACUGGGGCCUCACUCAGACCACACUGGGGCCUCACUCAGACCACACUGGGGCCUCACUCAGACCACACUGGGGCCUCACUCAGACCACACUGGGGCCUCACUCAGACCACACUGGGGCCUCACUCAGACCACACUGGGGCCUCACUCAGACCACACUGGGGCCUCACUCAGACCACACUGGGGCCUCACUCAGACCAAACUGGGGCCUCACACUUGGGCCUCACUCAGACCACACUGGGGCCUCACUCAGACCACACUGGGGCCUCACUCAGACCACACUGGGGCCUCACUCAGACCACACUGGGGCCUCACUCAGACCACACUGGGCCUCACUCAGACCACACUGGGGCCUCACUCAGACCACACUGGGGCCUCACUCAGACCACACUGGGGCCUCACUCAGACCACACUGGGGCCUCACUCAGACCACACUGGGGCCUCACUCAGACCACACUGGGGCCUCACAGCCACUCAGACCACACUGGGCCUCACUCAGACCACACUGGGGCCUCACUCAGACCACACUGGGGCCUCACUCAGACCACACUGGGGCCUCACUCAGACCACACUGGGCCUCCUCAGACACACUGGGCCUCACUCAGACCACACUGGGGCCUCACUCAGACCACACUGGGGCCUCACUCAGACCACACUGGGGCCUCACUCAGACCACACUGGGGCCUCACUCAGACCACACUGGGGCCUCACUCAGACCACACUGGGGCCUCACUCAGACCACACUGGGGCCUCACUCAGACCACACUGGGGCCUCACUCAGACCACACUGGGGCCUCACUCAGACCACACUGGGGCCUCACUCAGACCACACUGGGGCCUCACUCAGACCACACUGGGGCCUCACUCAGACCACACUGGGGCCUCACUCAGACCACACUGGGGCCUCACUCAGACCAACAUGGGCCUCACUCAGACCACACUGGGGCCUCACUCAGACCACACUGGGGCCUCACUCAGACCACACUGGGGCCUCACUCAGACCACACUGGGGCCUCACUCAGACCACACUGGGCCUCACUCAGACCACACUGGGGCCUCACUCAGACCACACUGGGGCCUCACUCAGACCACACUGGGGCCUCACUCAGACCACACUGGGGCCUCACUCAGACCACACUGGGCCUCACUCAGACCACACUGGGGCCUCACUCAGACCACACUGGGCCUCACUCAGACCACACUGGGCCUCACUCAGACCACACUGGGGCCUCACUCAGACCACACUGGGGCCUCACUCAGACCACACUGGGGCCUCACUCAGACCACACUGGGGCCUCACUCAGACCACACUGGGGCCUGGCUUUAUCACUCAGACCACACUGGGGCUCACUCAGACCACACUGGGGCCACUCUGAUUAAAAAAACUCUUUGGACCCCACAAAUUCCGGCACCUCACCACGGACCAGACCCCAAGGGGGGGGGGGGGGACUUUCUGAGGGCUUUGGUUAGGGAACCCAGGAACCUGAGGCUGCCAAGGACCCCCCAAAGAGCCAGGGACUUGAGGGGGGUGGCCCAGGACCAGGGGGACUGA